UGUGUGUGAUCCCACAUAUAAAAUGUAAUAAAACGUCAAACAUUAAAAAGUUCCCCAUAUAGAGCUGCCGUCUGAUGUCUUCUAAAAGUUGUGUAUUUCUUUCAUCUCCUUGGCAUCUGAUGGGAGGGCCUUGCACAGGGCAGGUCCCACUGCUGAGAAGGUCCAUGCGGAUGGGGCACGGCUUACAUUUCCCAUUUCAGAUUAAAGUUCACAGGGAUCCUAACUCUGCUCCAUCUCUCUUCCAGGUGUGGCUGCUUCUGGAGAAGGAGAGGGGUCCCUUACAACAGGAGUGAAGCCAUGGCUGAGGAGAGGUACAGGAAGAGGAUCCGGAGUGAAGUCACCUGUUCCAUCUGCCUCAGUUACUUUACUCGUCCGGUGGAACUGGGCUGCAAGCACAACUUCUGCGAAGCCUGCAUCUUGAGGUGCUGGGAGGAGUCUGGUGAGAAGACCAGGUGCCCCGAGUGCAGAAAGGCUGUCAAAACAGACUACAAGCAAAACAGGCUUCUCACAAAUAUGGUCGGAAUCAUCAGUGAGUGGGAUCAUUCUGAGGAGAGAGAGGCUCAAAGGAGGCGCUCGGAUUGUCAGAGGCACCAGAAGACCCUGGACCUCUUUUGCCGGGACGACGAAGCCCCCUUCUGUGGAGAGUGUGACACAUCCCAAGGGCACAGCAGCCACAGGGUGGUUCCUGUGGAAGAAGCCGUCCAAGACUACAAGGUAAGAAUGAACCAUUCAUAGGAACGGCUAGUAUAUAUGAUGGGAAUUAAAAUCAUAGAAUUGUAGACUUGGAAGAGAUCCUGACGAUCUA